CAAAAUCCAUUCCCCUCUCCGCAAUUCAAAUUACCCCUACCAAACCCCAGAAUCCCCAUCUCCAAUCCCAGCUUCUCCCAGCACCAUGUCGCCCGCCGCGGCCGUCGCCGGCGGCGCCGACGAGACCAGGCGCCUCGCAGGCGAGGUGGCGCGCGUGCUCAACGAUUGCCGCCCCUCCCUCGCCGCGCACCCGCGCAAGCUCCGGGAGCUCUCGGCACUCCGCUCCUCCUCCUCCUCCGGCGGCCUCUUCCUCCCCGCCUUCUGCACUGCCCUCACCCCGCUCUUCGAUAUCCUCCGCCGCUCCCCAGCCUCCGACCGCGUUGCUCGCUUCGCGGCGGCGUUCGCCUCCACCACCGCCGCCGGGGCCGGUGACGGAUUCCUCGAGGGGUUCCUCCGCUUCCUCCUCGCCGGCUCCGCCGCUGCUCACCGGCCCGCUCGCUUCCGCUCCUGCCAAAUCAUCUCCGAGAUUAUAAUGCAGUUGCCGGAUGAUGCUGAGGUGAGCGAUGAGAUUUGGGAUGAAGUGAUUGAUGGCAUGAAGAUUAGGGUUCGAGAUAAAAUCCCUGCAAUUCGUUCUUUUGCUGUUCGCGCAUUGUCUCGUUUCGCGGUUGACGAAGAGGAUGGUGGUAUUAUUGAUACCUUUCUUGACACCCUCAAAAAAGAACAAAACGCGGAGGUUCGGAAAACAAUUAUUUUGUCUCUUCCUCCAUCAAAUGCUACAUUGGAGUUAAUCAUUGAAUCAACGCUUGACACUAGUGAACCAGUUAGAAGAGCAGCAUAUUCUGUGCUUUCAACUAGAUUUCCUCUGCAAAGUCUUAGCAUCAAGCAGAGAACAGCUCUCCUGCACAGAGGUCUCUCUGAUAGGUCUACAUCUGUGAACAAUGAAUGCUUGAAGAUGUUGAAGGAUGAGUGGCUUGUAAAGUAUUGUGGUGGAGAUGUCAUCUCCCUUCUCAGGUUUCUUGAUGUCGAGACUUAUGAGUCAGUUGGAGAAUCUGUGAUGGGGGUGCUUCUGAAGGAUGGUGCUGUGCGAGUGCAAGAUGGGCAGACUAUUAGGGAGUACUGUACGUCAAAUACUGAGGACGAAGAACAAGUUUCCAAUAUUAAGCUCAUGGAUGCUGAGGUUGCUCUUUACUGGAAAGUCAUGUGCAAGCAUUUGCAAGCUGAAGCUCAGGUCAAAGGCUCGGAGGCUGCAACAACUACAGGCACAGAGGCAGCAGUAUAUGCUUCUGAGGCUUCAGAUAAAAAUGAUCUUCUUGAUGCUGUCCUUCCUAGCACAGUUGCUGAGUAUGUUGGUUUGGUCAAAGCACACCUUUCAGCUGGACCAAGCUAUCACUUUGCGUCACGGCAACUAUUAUUGCUUGGUGGAAUGCUUGACUUUUCUGAUACCAUGAACAGGAAAGUUGCAAGUUCAUUUCUGUAUGAGCUUCUGAUCAGACCUCUUGAACACGAAGUUGAUGAAGAUGGAAACCAGAUUGCCAUAGGAGAUGGCGUGAGCCUUGGAGGGGACAGGGAGUGGGCCAAAGCAGUCUCGGAAUUGGCGAAAAAAGUUCAUGCUUCUAUUGGUGAAUUUGAAACGGUGAUUGCCACAAUUGUUGAAGAAUUGGCCAGACCAUGCAGGGAGAGAACUGCUGAUUUCAUGCAAUGGAUGCACUGUCUCGCGGUGACAGGUCUUCUUCUGGAGAAUACUUCAACUCUACGUUCCCUGAAAGGCAAGGCGAUUGCGCCACCUGAACUGCUUCAAGCUUUGUUACUUCCUGCAGCAAAGCAGAAUCAUGUUGAUGUUCAAAGGGCUGCUUUAAGAUGCCUUUGUCUUUUUGGCUUGUUAGAGAAUAAACCAAGUCCAGAGUUGGUGAAACAGUUGCGUGUAUCAUUCAUCAAUGGACCUGACCUGGUUAGUGCCAUGGCAUGCAAAGCCAUGAUUGAUCUUGUGACUUGGCAUGGUCCACAAGAAGUAGAUCAAGCCAUUGGAAUUGAACCAUCUGAUCCUCAGUAUGAGAAGACUCAGUUCACUAAUGUGGACAUCUCAGAUUUGAAUGAUGAUGAUCUAAGCAUUGGAGCCCUUGAUAUUCUAUUUUCUGGAUUUCAUAAAGAUGACUGGGAGUUUAGCCUAGAAGGUGAUAAUCAUGAUAAUGUCCCGACCAUUCUUGGAGAAGGUUUUGCAAAAAUUCUUCUUCUGAGUGAGAACUAUGCAAGCAUAUCGGCAGACUUGCAUCCUGUUAUCCUAGCUCAACUUGUAAGAUUAUAUUUCUUGGAGGAAACAAAAGAACUCGGAAGAUUGAAACAGUGUCUGUCUGUCUUCUUUCUGCAUUAUCCAUCCCUUUCAGAGAAACACAAGAGGUGUGUCUCUAGUGCAUUUGUACCUCUCAUGAGAGCCAUGUGGCCAGGUAUAUACGGUAAUGUUGGUGGUAGUGGACCUAUUAUUUCCAAAAAGCGCAAAUAUGCAGCCCAAGCUGCUCGCUUUAUGGUUCAAAUGGUACAAGCUCCUAUGUUUUCGUCGGAGACUACAGAGCAAGCUACUACGAGCUCUGAAAGCCUUUCGAGUUCACCAGAUUCGUCUAGCAAUUUUGACAUCAGUGAGGAAGGGCUUGCCAUCCGUAUUGCAGUAGAGGCGGCAAAUUUCCAAGAUAAGAAGAGCGCACCUGGGAAAGCAUAUGCGUUCGCUUUGUGCAAGGUUGCUGUACUUCUAAGAUUCCGCCAAUCAGAACAGAAGGCCAUCAAGUGCAUGAGAGGAUUGGUAAAUACGUUGGCUGCUUCGGCAGUUUCUGAUAAGGACCUUUUGAAGGAGCUCGGUCAAAUGGCAUCAAGGCUUAAAUCACUUGAUGAGUGCCCAGAGGAGGAACUGCCACAAGAUCAAGCUGACGCCAUAUUCAAGAAACUCGGAUUGGAUGGUAUCAAGUUGGACACUAAUCCGGUGGUGCCACCAACGCCAGCACCGCGGUCAGUCCGGGCUGCUCCUGCCCGGAGAAGAGCUAGACGCGUGGCAUCGUCCAGCGAUGACAGCUGCACAGGUGGUGAAGGAGAGAGCUUGGAUGCAACAUCCGUGAGGAGGGUUCUGGCCACUCCUAGUGUGACCGCUGCACGUUCUCAGAGAGCAAGCAAGACUGCUGCGCUGAGCAAGAUAUCGGCAAAGCCUACCGUGGCUUCUUCUGACAGUGAACUAGACGACCAGUCCAGCGUGACAACUGAUGACGAUCCCUCCCACGAGCAGUCAUCUUAGUCACUUGUAAACUGGGUUUCUUUUUGCUGGGGUUCUUGGCCGUAAGAAUCCAGUAAUUGUUAUUUAAUAUGAUGAUGACAUAAUGCCGUCCUACACUACCACUAUGUAUUGUUUAUUGGAACCAGUAGCUGCUAUGAAAUUCAUUUGCUUGCCCUCUAGCAAAGUUUAAAA